UUAUUCUUUGGAGAUGUUUAAAAAAAGUUCAACAACAGUUUAUUGUUUUAUUAGAUUUAAACUUCAUAUCUGAACGUUUUUUAAUCACUUUAUCCAAUAAUAAUUUAGAUUGUGUAAAUAAGUCUCAUAUUCUUCAAUUGAUAUCUGCUAUGAGUACAUGUGUCAAAGGAGGUGUAACCACUGUUAAAUUUAUUAUUCAUCAACUUUUAUUAUUAUUAUUUCACUCAAGUAUCAAUCAUGCCAAUAAUAAACAGAUUGAUUUAGAUAAUUUACACUUAUUAGAUGAUUUGUUCAUGCCUACAACACAAUCCGAUUUAUCAGCAAUUGAUAAACACGAUCAACAAUUAUUCAUAGUCAUUCUACUUAUCGCACGUCAAUUAUGCUCAGAAGAUUAUCGAUUAACUGGGAUAAAUUAUAAACAAUGGUGGUUAGAAACAUUUUGUACACCGUUUUCAUCAUCAACAUCUGCAUCGGCAAUACGUAGCAAUGAUCAUCAUCAUCUUUCUUCUGCAUCUCUUGCACAAAAUAUCAUAUCAUCACGUUGUGCUGUGGUGUAUUUUUGUAAUUUACUCAUUGAUUUGUUGCCUUUUGAAAGAAAUGUGAAAUUUUUAAAAAUUCAACUGAAUUGGUUUAGUCUAAUGAAAAAAUCAAGCAGUAAUCGAAUAAAAAUGCAUAUCAAUGAAAUUCAUAUUAAAGCUACUGUAGACGAAAUACUUGAAAUGGAUUUAGACUAUACAAACAAUAUCAUCCAUGAUGACAAUGAUAACAAGAAUAAUAAUCAUGACAAUCUUGAGAUGUAUAUCGAAUCUUGUAUCAGUCGAUGGAAUGAUUAUUGUGAAAUUGCACAAGGACGAUUAGCUGAAUUAAGAUUAAGUUUGAAUAAUUUUGUAAUGGAACACAGUUGUACAAAAAAAGUUAUGCUGAUAGAUAAAAAGGCCUCUGAUUACGAUAAUAUUUGUACCACUCCUGGUUGGAGUGAUGUUCUAAGUUGGUUAAAUGAAAUUGCAACACAAAAUAGUGUUCGCACUGGUAAUGAUGACAUUGAUAAAUGUCGUCUACCGUCAGAAUGGAAUGAAGUAAAUCUAUUUCG